AUGCACGUGGUCGGAGAAGCCGGUCCAUCCUCUUACCAACGGAUCAGGUCUGGUCAGCAUAGCCCCGAGACGCCACGAGCCUCAGCUCAGAGCGCUCACUAUUUUGGGUCGGCUGACCUUGCGAGGAACGGCUCGAGAAACCCUGGUGAUGGAAGAAGAGACACCACGUCUGCAUCUGGCAGGAGCUCUCGCACCUCCUCCAGACCUCCUUCUCCAGGUCGAGAUGCACACCUCGGUCAGCAUGACGAGUCUAUCGUCACCGAAGCUGCUCGAAGAAAUACGUUGGGUCGCCUCGCAAAAUCCUCUCCUUUGAUCGCAGCGACCGAGCUGUCCCCUCUCAGCACGUCCAGAUCCCCUAAUGAAAGUUCGACGCCUAGCAGGGCUGAAGGAGAGGCUGGAGCAGAAGCCUCGCCGCGUGGCUGGAAUCGCCAUCGUGCGAGAUCGUGGGCGAACGACCCAGGUUUGGCUUUCACGCCCCGAACGCCGAGAGCUGGAUCCCCCGUGCAAAUAGCCUUGACAAACGGCGAGGCUAGGCCAACUGGGGCGGAUCUUGUCCGCGCCACUAGCGACAGGCGGAGGAGACGCGCGGGCUCAGGGAGCAGUAGCGGUGGUGCCAUAUCAGGCGCGACGAAUGAUGCUCCAACGAGCUCUUAUUCAUCAUUGCAAACAUUGGCGGCACAGCCGCGAGGUUUCUCAGGGUCAGCGUCGGCAGCUGCACCUUCCUCAGCGCCUACACCUACCAUUGCACCGCCAGGCGCAGCUACUGAUGCGGAUAUUGCAUGGUUGGCUGCCUCCCUGGCGCAAGGCCUUCAGCAUGCAGCCUCCUAUCGCCAUUCGGGUAAUUUUGAUAGACCUGAAAGCGCCAAUGGCAGACUCUCAUCGCCCUCAGGAAGCCCGCAAGCGCUUCGCGCUUUGCACGAGGUCACUGUUAGGACAGCGAAUGGUAAUGCGCGGAACGACUUGCGAUCAUACUCGCUGCCGCAAAGCACGACGACCAUAGAUGAGCCAUGCGAUUUGCCGCCUCCGUAUACACCAAGUCGACCAGUCACUCCGCCUAGGUCAAGUCGCACUUCCACGCAGUCGCACAGCAGAAAUGUUUCUGCACCUGUUGGGCUAGAACAGGGAGAAAGGGGAAGGUUCUUGCCGACCACGUCGCGCGCCGAGCGAAUGAGCCCGCUCGGUGAUGAUGAUGUGAGUGCGCCUCGUUAAAGCGGUCUUUCUGAUGAUUUAGCGCACGGCUGAUAAGGAUGCUACGGUGCGCUAGGGGCUCUCACCGCCGCCGCCUCGUAGCCGGCCACCUCAUCUCACCGAGGAUGGCGAUGAAGGAGCUGGCGCGCCUUCGGCAUGGGUUAUGCGACGGCUGCUACACCCUCUGCGUCUGCUUGCUGCGGUGCCCGGCAGUCUCGGCACCUUCUGGCUUCUGCGAAAUGCAGUCUUGUGUCUGAUUGUCAACGGGUGCCUGAUGAGCCCGCGCAGCAUUCAACUGGAAGGACCAAGACAGCCUAGUGCUGCAGAAUUCUUGGUCUCCACUCUCUGGGUGCGUGCGUGUAGAGCUCGCCCAAGGCAAAGUCGGAUGCUGACCCGAGCGCUGAAUGCACUUCACAGAGUAUAUCGACCGCCUACCACGCUCUAUCAUUCACCACGCUGCUGUUGCGCCGCUGGCUGGCUUACUAUGCAUUGCCCAGCUCCGUCAUUCGCCUUAUGGCUUUACAGGCCAUCUGCUGGCCCCUCGUUCGACUCACAUUGUUCAUCUUCGGUCCACGAAACCCUGUAGGCGCCUGGGUUGUGAUUGGCACAACCACCGCCUUCUCGGACACUGUGGCGAGAUGGGUGACCAGCAACAUUGCAGACGCUCCGGAAGACUUUGCCGGCCAUUCACUGGCCGGCAGCACCUCUGGAACAAGCACACCGACUGCGAGUAGCAGGUCGAAUCGAAGGGCACGUCGGGAGCCAAGCAGACGCUUCUGGAGAGCCAUCAUGGGCGCCCCCAGCAGCCGGAGCGUGGUCACUUCUACCGAUCUGAGCGGUGGGCUGAGCCAAAUCGGUCCUUUGCCGACCUCUUUGAGCAGUCGCAGCGCUUUGACUGAGAGCGAAUGGGAAAGCGACGCGGGCCUGCGCAGUGGAGGCGAUGAUACGAUGGCAGAGACGGAUUUGGACGAUGAUGCGGUGCUCUCUGCCGGUAGCUUCACUGACGAUACAUCUGCAGCUGGUCUCCGACGACGAAGGCCGAACCAGUCAGGAGGACCCGAGCGACUAUUCAGGGGUAACUCGAGCGUGGGUCAGAUACGUCGGCCGACCACUCAAUCGGGACGAAGACAUCGCAGCAUCUCGUCGGGCGAACCGAGAAGAGUGUUUCAUUGGGACGUCGCUAUGCGUCGUAAUGUCUUGCCCAUCGCCCUUCUGGGAUACGUCACCAUGUGGACUUUGUUGGCGGAUACAAUGAAAUCGUCCUAG